CUCCAUUGAGGCACUACAUAGCCGCUCUGCUGUUGGGUACACACGAGGUCCGUAGAUGGGAACGUGGGCUGACCAAAUCGAGACCCGUAAUUGCGUCUCAAGAUAUGCAUGCCAUAUGCCGGAUCGGUGGUUCGGUGGUUUGCUGGUGCGUGAUCUCAAUGUCUGUGAGAGCGUCCACGGCAUUGAUGGGAAUGUAACCAUCCUUAUCCAAUACGCACUUGCCGCUGCAUCAAGAUCUGCCAUGAUGGAAUCAGAUGGGACGUCAGAUUGUCAAUUCGCAAGGCCUACUGCGUCCCGAGACCAUCAGGAAAGCGCCACAAUGGCCUUAUGAUAGACUGGGGGGAGCGCAUAAGCUUGUUGAGCAAGAUUUCGCUUGAUGCUUCUAACCCCUCGUUACCCGGCGAAGUCCAGCUAUCGUAGUGCGAUAUAAAGGACUUUGAGACAUUGACGAGUCCUUCUACUGACUUCAAGGGUUCAGACGUCUCCAUAUCCUUUUCAUUCGGUUCUUUCUUUCGCUUGGGUUAGGAUGCCGGCAGCUCCGACACCCGCUAGUCUUUUGGGAGGAUUCGUGGUAGAAGUCUGCCUUGCAUUACUAUUGUAUGGCAUCGCAACGGCGCAGUCUUACGUUUACAUGCUCAACUCAAAGGAUGACCCUCCGUUGCUCAAAUCGGUAGUGGGCUCAAUAUGGAUACUCGAGACCUUCCAUAGCGCUAUGAUUAUACAUAUGUUGUACGAAUACACCAUCACCGACUUUGGGAAGCUGGCCGAUGUUGGAAUUAUCGUAUGGAGUGUUGGGCUUUGUGUUUUAGUUGAGAUGUUGAUCGUGGCCCUCGCACAAGGUUUCUAUAUCCGUCGAAUUUGGAUCCUAAGCAAUCAUAGUGUACUCCUCACAGUCGUUACGUCCAUCCUGCUCCUUGCUCGUGUUUCCUUCGGCUUUGCCACGGCUGCAUUGACAUACAAACUGGGCGCCUGGACCACCUUCCGCGAGGAGACAGGACCAUUGUUUACGCUAAGUUGUGGUCUUGGCCUCUCAGCCCUUGUGGAUGCACUGAUCGCUGGGAUCAUCAUUUACUAUCUUCGACGCGGUCAAACGGGAUUCAAGUCGACGGAUAAUGUCGUUCGCUCUCUCAUGGCGUACGCCGUUAACUCUGGCGCUAUUACUAUGAUUGUAUCCAUAGUCAUUGUACUCACGUUCGUCUUCUUGAAGAACAGUCUAUUGUUCGCCGGGUUGGUGACAGUCGCUGGUAAACUCUAUUCGAAUUCGUUGCUUGGCACAUUGAACGCAAGAUCGUACUUGCGUUCGAAGUCCAAGGGAAGUGCUGGAUACAACUCAGCCGAGUUGUCCAACAUAGGGCCUAACUCCGCUCGCCGAUCGCACACAGCACAGCUGCAACUCCCGCGGGCAAAUCAAAUUGAAAUAUAUCAAGAGACGACGAAAGUCUCGGACGGUUCCUUUAUUCCCGGGGACGAACCUGAGGGACGUUCGGCUAAAACAGUAGACGAGGUCUAUGCGGCAUGAACUGCCUGACGUGUUCCUUGUAUCAGUGAUUGUAUGAUUUACGUGUAGUUAUCCUGUGUAACAGAUAUAGCUUUGUUUGACAUACUUAAUGGUGAUUGUCGGACUUUCGAGACUUGGUCUAUCUAGAGCGAAUACGAAGCAUGUUCUAUACGAUAAUUUCAAGGUGCGAAUCAAGAUGUGAUCAUUCG